AUGGAUUUCAUCAAAACGAAUCCACUAUACCUUGGAGGCGCAUUCGUCUGCGUCGCCCUUGCAACGUAUAUCUAUGCAGGCUUGACAAAUCCACUAUCAAAUAUCCCAGGCCCAUGGUAUACACGUUACACUACUCUAGUGUCCACGUACUUUGUCAUCACCGCACACCAUCCGGACUGGGUACACGCGCUACACGCGAAAUAUGGUCCCGUGGUACGCAUCAGCCCACAUGAAGUUGAUGUUUCCGACGCACCGACAUGUCAACGCAUCCACAGUGUCAAGGGUGGCUUCCUAAAGUCACCAUUUUAUUCCUUGCUGAUUACAGACUCAUCGAGUGUAUUCAAUGAAAUCCGGCCCGAGAUUCACCGCAAGUACAAACGCCUUCUCUCGAAUCCCAUGUCAGAAACUGGACUGAAGACCUUCUUGCCUCGUAUCGAUGGUAAGGUACGCCUUGCUAUUGAACGCAUCCGUGAAGAGAGUAAAACACGAGGCGCUGCCGAUAUUGCAAAGUGGUUUAUGUUUCUAUCAUUCGAUGUCAUCGGCGACUUGACAUUUGGCGAAGGUUUUGGUCAACUUGAAAGUGGUGUGAAAAACCGAUCAGUCAAUGAUUUCGUUAGCUUAGGCUUCGUCGGUGGCCUUCGUUCCAUGUUUCCGACCAUAGCGUGGCUGUCUCUAUACCUUCCGAUCCCUGUCUUCCGUGACGCCACCAAGAUCCAAUACCGCACUUUUGACUAUGCUCAAGGUGCUCUUGACCGCCACGCUAAGCGCGUGGAGGAGCUGGGUGACGACCCCAAGCCGACAGUGUUCUCAAAGCUCUAUACAGCUGGUGCAGAGGACUCUUGGUCACCGAUCGAGAUUCGCGACAACGCACAAGUGUUCAUCGUCGGGGGUAGCGAUACCACAGCAAACUCUAUGAUAUACCUUAUAUGGGCGGUUUGCAAGUUGCCUGAUGUCAAGGCCAGACUUCUCAAGGAACUCGAAACUCUCCCGGAAGACUUUAACUACGAACAACUGAGGGAAAUGCCGUAUCUGAACUGGAUCGUGAACGAAACGCUGCGUCUUUACACUGCCCUGCCGUGUGGUCUUCCCAGAAUCGUGCCAAGCGGAGGUUCUGAGCUUGUAGGCCACUUUAUACCCGAGGGUGCCACGGUUACAACACAGGCUUACAGUCUGCAUCGUGACGAGCAUGCGUUCCCCGACCCGUAUCGCUUCUACCCUGAACGAUGGGAGAACACAACUCAGGAGAUGAAAGAUUGCACCAUGCCAUUUGGCGGCGGCUCAAGAACAUGUCUUGGUCGGCACCUGGCGAGGAUCGAGCUUCGCUUGAUCACUGCUCGGUUUUUCCGCAACUUCCCCAAUGCCACGGUCUCGGAACAGGAAGGCAUGUGUGACAAAGACAUGGAACCAGCUUUACAUUUUCUCAUGGUACCAAGCGGCCACCGGUGUCUCAUCAAGUUGAAUGCCUAA